AUGUCAGUGUUAAACGGGAAUCAAGAAACAUCUCCAACGGGGAUCAAGGUGGUUAUCGUAGGCGCUGGAUUUGGUGGUUUGACAGCAGCCAUCGAAUGCCAUCGGCAGGGUCACACGGUAGAAGUCUAUGAAUCGUUCCCUGAACUCAAAGUCCUCGGAGAUAUUAUCUCAUUUGGGCCGAAUGCAGGCCGGAUAUAUAGACGCUGGUCCAAUGGCAAAAUCGCAGAUAAGAUGCGCUCUCUGAGUAUAAACUUGCGCAAUUAUGGAUUCAGAAUCCACAAGUAUGACACCGGAGAAGUUGUCACGACUCAAAAGACUCCUGAACCGGAUCCAGAAACCCCGGUUUUCAACGGGCAUCGCGGCGAGUUGCACAGUAUUGUUUUUAAUUAUGCAAAAGACGAACUAGGCAUCCCAAUCCAUUUGGGUCACCGGGUGACUCAAUACUGGGAAGAUGAGGACCAGGCAGGAAUCAUUUUGGAUGAUGGAACAAAGGUAAGCGCAGACGUAGUAAUCGGUGCCGACGGUGUCCGAUCUAAAGCCCGGGAAUUGGUAUUGGGAUACUACGACAAGCCAAAAUCUAGCGGAUAUGCCGUCUACCGAGCUUGGUUUCCAAAUACAGAUAUGAUUAAGGACCCACGUACCAAAGAAUUUUGUGAAAAUGGGGAUACAUUCAAUGGGUGGAUUGGCCCGGAUGUACAUUUUCUGUUCUCAACUAUCAAGAACGGCUCCGAUUGCUGCUGGGUGCUAACCCAUCGGGACGAAGCUGAUAUCGACGAGUCAUGGUCAUUCCCUGGAAAGUUGGAAGAUGUGUACAAAGUGCUUGAAGGAUGGGACCCAACAUGCAAGGCAAUCGUGGAGAAGACACCCUCUUUGGUAGAUUGGAAGCUUGUAUACAGAGAUCCUCUGCCACGGUGGGUCAGUGACAAAGGCCGCAUUACACUUUUGGGUGACUCUGCCCACCCAUUCCUGCCAACAUCAGCCCAGGGAGCUACCCAGGCAAUGGAAGACGGAGUCGUGAUAGCGGUCUGCUUGAAAAGGGCGCAAAGCAAGGACCGCAUUCCUGCUGCGGUGCGAGCGUAUCAGGAUAUUAGAUAUGAGCGUGUUCGACUAGUACAAAAGACCGGCGAAACGACUCGAGACAUGUGGCACAAGGCAGAUUGGGACAAGGUUAAAGAGGAUCCUGAUUCGAUCCAUCUCCCGCGUGAGGAUUGGAUUUUCCAAUUUGAUGCAGAGAAGAAAGCCAACGAAGUAUUUGAUGAAGUGGUGCGGAAAUUUCUCUAG